AUGACCGAUCGCUUUAAAGAGAGGGAAGGUUAUCUGUCUGAUGAAUUUGAGCAAAGAUCAUUCGGAACACAUUUGCGAUCGGUUUCACCACAUCCACAUAGCGCUGGGUCAAAUUCUCCACGACGAUCUAGUCGAUCUCCAUUACCAACUAAAGUAGUUGAUCAAACACCUCAGACACCAACUAUACGGGAUUCAAGACCGGAUAUCACAGCUUGGCCAACUCCUCCCGGUUCACAAGCCAUUCUAAAACGUGAUAACUCCCCCCUGGAAGAACAGUCAAAGUUCAUGACUAUGCUUAAAGUUGCAACUGGUUCGUCAGGUGGUCUUCGAGGCCGAGAAACUGAGUUGAAGAAAAAGAUUCAAACUCUUGAAGACACUGUUGCUGAAUAUGAACGGCAAAAAUAUAACGUUAUGGGAACAUUCAGUGAAUAUCGAGAAAGAGUUGCUGAAAGAGAGCGGAAACUCGAAGCGGAAUAUUCAAGCAAAAUCAUAGCUCUCAGUGAGGAAGUACUAGGAGCCAAAAAAGAUUUUGAAGCUAGGAUGAAAAGCUUUCAAGCUCUUCAGGAUAAAUUUGAGCGUGAAAAAGAGCAAGCCCUGGAGAAAUUACGUCAAGAGCAUCAAAAGGAAAUACAGCUACUGGAACAACGAUUUUCAGAAUCGCAACUCUUAAAUCUGGAACAAAAAUACAUGAUUGAAAUACAACGUUUGGAAGAGGAAAGGAAAAGUCUAAAAGCCGAGCGGGAAAGGCUGGGCGAAACUUUUGAAACGAAGUUACGCCGCGCACAAAGUCUAUAUGAAACAGAACUUACGGCAGCAAAGAUGCUGUAUUCUAAAGAACUGGAAGCAUUACGGGAUCAUGAAGAAGCCUUGAAAGAGGAACUACUCGCAAGGCAAGAAGAGUUUCACGAUCGUCUUCAGGAGCUGCAGCUGCAGUCAAAAAGAAGUCGGGAGGAACUUGUUGUUUGCAAAAACGAAGUAACUGCUCUUGAAAAACGACUACAGGCAAAAGAAGCCGAAUUGUUGGCUGUUUCCAAAGAGGUAACGCAACUGGAAGAUGCAAGAAAUGAAACCAACGAAUCGUUACGAAAAUUAUCGAAAGUGAAAAAUGAACUGCACGAAACUAAAGAGCGUUAUCGGAAGCAAGAGGAGGAACUGCAACAUAAAACAAUAUUGGAUAUGGCUAAAACUAAGCUAGAAGCAUUGCUUCGAGAUCUGGAGACUGAGGUGAAAACCUUAAAAAGCAAAGUGGAAUUCCUAGAAAAGGAGAGGAAAAAUUUACAAAGCCAAAGCGAAAGUCAAACCCAGGUGCAAAACUCGCAAGUUAAAGCGCUUGAAGCUGUUCUGGAAACAGUAACUAAGGAGAAAGAGAGCACUAAAGAGCACUAUGAAGGAUUGCUGGAAAAGGAACGGCAACAAGCGCAAGAACGCGAAUUUGCUAUGAAAAAGGAAUUCACAACAAAAUUAAACGAGCUAGAAGAUCAGUAUAACAGCUUGAAAGAACAGUUCGGUAACAGCACUCAGCAGGACGUCAAUGAAGUGCAGGAGCGAUUACGCAACGAAAUUGAAACUCUUCAAAACGAGAAUCUUUCGAUGGUAGCUGAAAUUGCUGCGUUGAAAUCACAACUGCAAAAUGCUUCUGAACAAUCAAAGGAUCGAACAGAACAAGAAAGUUUUACGUUGUUAACCGAUCGAAUUGAAGAGUUACGAGGCAAAUUGGACAAAAAUAAAAAAACAAUUCUUGACCAACAGAAUCAAAUUGAAGCGUUGACAAAAGAACUGGAAGACGAACGAAAAAAAUUCACUGAAACUCAGAUUGCUGAAAUGCGUGAAGCGAUCAGGUCAGAAAUUCUUUCAUCGUCUGAGUUUGUUGAAAAGGAUGAGGAGAUCAAAUUACUCCGUGAAAAGUGUAAAAUGUUGUCAACAAAUGAUACUGAAAAGAAAGAUGAUAAGGAUGAUGAUUUUAUCCGAGGUGGCGGUGGUGGUGGUGGUGGCGUUAAUGAUGAUGACGAUGGUGCAAACAGCAAGACUACUGAUGGUAAAAAACGAAAUGCUGAUGAGGUUAAUGCAUCAUAUGUUGAGCAAAUUCGGCAACUACAAGACAACCUGGAGAAGAAGCAGAAGCAGCUUGAUGAUUUAACCAAAGAAUACAGUGCAAAUAAUGAAAAAUUUGAAGAACGUUUUUCUAAACGAAUUGAAGAGGAGACAACAAAAAUUAUUGAUGAAUAUGAAGGUAAAAUCCAACAGUUAACUGAUGAAGCAGAUAAAAAGAAUGAAGAACUUCGUGAUGAGAUAAAAAUGAUCAAAAAAGAAAGCGAAGAAAAAUCUAUACAAAUCGAUGAAUUGAACGUAAAAAUCGAAGAGUUGCUGAAAGAAAUGUCAACAAUUCGGAUGGAAUUGGAUAAUAAAAAUGCAGAAAUUAGAAAUUUCAGCAAGAAAACGGAUGAAUACCUGCGAAAACGAGGAACACAACAAGCACAGGCGCUCGAGAAAAAGAUAGCAAGCUUGAAUAAAGAACAUGAAAAAAUUACUGGAGCAAUGAAGGAACAUGAGGCAGAACUAUUAGAAAAAAUUAAAAAUUUGGAAGCGCAGUUGGCAAAAAAAAAUGACAAAAUUGCUGACAAUGAAGCAGCAGCACCAACGGCAUCUGUUUCUAAUGAUUUACAACAGCAGCAACGGCAGAAGGAGCAAACGCAGUCACAAAUCAAUGAGAAUCAGUUAUCGAAUGAAAAAACUAAUGUCAAUAAAAAGAACACCAAAGACGCUGAUAGCGACAGUACGAUGAAUGGAGCUGAUAAUACAGAAGCAGUGCCAAGCGAUGAAACGGCAAAAAGUAGUGAAAAAAAAGAUAGCAUAAAACCAAGAAAAGAAAAAGAAAAGCCAAGCCUAUCAAUCCCAACAAAUACACGAGCCAAAUCUCCUGCCGUAACAACGCGAUCUAGGGACCGAAGUCCAUCAAAACUAAAGACGUUUAGCGUUGAUGGAAAAAAUAAAGAUGAAAAAAGAAUUUUAUUGAGCCCAUCGGAUGCGGAACGUUCGUUUAAUUUAGAGGAUCGUAAACGUGCUUCACCGUCUCGACAGCUGUUGUCGCGUAACAAAAGAGAUCCAACAACUUCAUCAACACAGUCGUUGAGCGGUAACAGUGAUUCCAGCAGUAAAAAACCAGCUUGGAAAUUUUAG